AUGGAGACGAGACGGAGUUUACGUAUCAGAGGAGGAAAUGCCCCGAAGGAAGAACCAAAGGAAGGGCCAAAGGAAGGGCCAAAGGAAGGAUCGAAGGAAGGACCAAAGGAAGGAUCGAAGGAAGGACCGAAGGGGGGGAACAAGGGCAUAGCGAAGGAGGAUCCAAAAACCAAGGGGGGAGGCAAAGGGAAAGGAGGGGAUGCAAAGAAAGGCGCUGUUGGAGGGGCGAACAAGGAUUCCAACAAAGGUGCAAAUAGAGGAGAAGCAAAGGAAGAGAAGGGGAAGAAGACCUGCCAAAGUGAUAAAAAUAAAAGGGAUUUUAAAGGACAUGCGGGGGGAAGGUAUGAGCAAGGGGAGGUGGAAGAGGUCGCAGAAGAAGAAUUGCCGAAUGUGACAAACGGAUUAGAGGAUCUUCCAAAAAAGGGGAGCAAAACAGGGAAGGAUGCUUCUAAUCGGGGGAAAGGCACGCAGGGGAAAGGAUCACUAGAGGAGGCGAACCCCAUGACCACAGAAGACGCAGAAAGUGAGCAUACAGAUGUUACCUCACUGAAUAGUAGGAGGAGUGAGAGGAUUGUGAAAGGAGGCGGGGGUAUGUUAUUAAGAAAGCAGAGUAGCGGCACGAACAGGAAGGAAUUGGGGGAAGACUCCAUGAGGAAGGGGAAAUCGAAAGAGGGACCCAAACAAAAAGAUUCUGUUAAGAGGGAAAAGCAGGGAGGGGAUGGUGGCAAAAGUGGGAAAGGAGGCAAUAGUAAGGGGAAGGUUGUAGGGGAGGUGAUCCACGCGGGUGGGGUCACUUCAAGAAAAGGAUCCCAAGGUAAAAGUUCCCCUGGUAAAAGUUUUCCAGGUAAAAGUUCUCCAGGUAAAAGUUCCCCCGGUAAAAGUUCUCCAGGUAAAAGUUCUCCAGGUAAAAGUUCUCCAGGUAAAAGUUCUCCAGGUAAAAGUUCCCCAGGUAAAGGAUCUCCAAAGAAGAGUUCCCCAAGUAAAGGAUCUCCAAGUAAAAGUACCCCAGGUAAAUGCUCAUCCGAUCUGGGAAGCCCAGUCGAUCAGAGGAAAAGUGCCGCCCAGGCAAAGAAAGCGAAAGUGACAACAAGCAUCCCCGUCAAAGGAAAAAUGAUAAGAGACACUACAGUCGACAAGACAGUAGGAAAAGAAGCCAGGAAGAUAAAAGACACAGUAGUCGAUUCGACAAAUGAGAAAAGCGCGUACAUAUUGUCGUCUAUCAAUGUGAGUACCCCCCUGGAAGAAAAAGGAAAGUCGAAGGGAAAGACGAAUCGGAAGGGAGGAACGGAAGACGAAGGUAUCCGAGGUAACCAUCUGAUGAAAAAUAUGGAUUCAGCAGAAUUGGAAAGUAACAGAGGCAGAUGUAGCAGUAACAGAAGUAGUACUGUUGAAUGGAAUGAAAAGUUAGAUGCUCUGGUGGGACACAUCGGAGGAACGAAGGAAGGAGGAUCCAAGGUACCAAUGAACCGAAGCAUUAAAAGAAGGUUAUCCCAAAUUAUUGAUGUGAUGAAGAAGAAGCAGGUGUUUCAACUCAUUGGGGAUCAGGACGAACGGGAUAGAAUUCAAUUUGUAGGCCACGAGUUAGGAGAAGCAGAUACCCCAAUAGGGGGCGAUGUCAACAAAGGAGAAGUAACUAGCCAAAAGGGAAAAGAAACUACAGGUAGUGCAAAGGGAGAGAAGAAUAACAACUGGCCCUUCUUACAGAGAGUGAACUUGGAUGUCAUUUACAAUAAACUACAUUACGAUUUUUACGGAAGUGAAGAAGACUUCCAUCGAGAUGUGCUGAUAAUUUUUGAUAGAAUCAAGCUAGCCAUAGAAAUGGAGAAUAACCCAAAGGAGAAACAGAAUUUGUAUGAACUUAGAUGCAACGCUUGGAAGACUUACGAGGGGGAGUUCUACAAGUUGCUCCUCUCCAUGAGAGGUACAAAGGAGGCGAAAAAAUUUUCUUCCACGCAGAAGGAGUUACGUGAACGAGAGGAGAAGUACUUGACGGAUCUGCUUCUUCAUGCAAGUAAGGUAGAAUUGGAGGGGCCGAAGGGAAAGCAGGGAAAAACCCUACCAAAGGCGAAGGGUAGUGGCGGUGGCGCUGAGCAAAGAUCGGAAGGGAAACUAUCGGAAGGGAAAUUAUCGGAAGGGAAAUUGUCAGAAGGGAAAUUAUCGGAAGGGAAAUUAUCGGAAGGAAAAUUAUCGGAAGGGAAAUUAUCGGAAGGGAAAUUAUCGGAAGGAAAAUUAUCGGAAGGGAAAUUAUCGGAAGGGAAAUUAUCGGAAGGGAAGCGGUCGGAAGAGAAACGGUUAGGGGGGAGGCGAUUGGAGGAGGCUCUCCCUACCGGCGGCACAACUAGCCACGACCAGACGCACAAUAACCUAAGCAGUGCAUCCAUCAGCAUGGAAACAAGUAAACCCCCCGUGGGUAGCCAUACGCCUUUUAGAGUUCGUCUGCGGCUGGGAAGCUUCUCCCUGGAUGAUGAAGUGACAACGAAAAAGGGGAAUGAAGAUGAUGGGAGCGGGGGGGUCUCCCUAAAGGUUAAUGGUGCGAGUUGUGCCAAUUGGCCUGAGAAGGGAGGUAGAGCAGUGGGUGGAGUAGGAGGAGAAGUGGAAACCAAAGUACAAACGGUAGAAGAACAAAGGCACGAAUGGAGGGAAUUAAUCAGAGACCACAUCCUCCAGAACCUUAUGAAAGACAACAGCACGGCGUUUUACUUCACCACCCCGGUGUUGGAGGACAAGAAUUUAAGUGAAAAGAUUAAGAGCGAAUAUAAAAAUAAAAUAAAGAAGCCCAUGGACUACAGAACUGUAUCGAUAAAUCUUACCCAGGGUGUGUACCAGAAUCCAUGGGAAUUUUACAGUGACUUGAAGUUGAUUUUUCAGAACUGCUUCGACUUCAACCCUGAUAUAGUGCAGAACCAAUACAUUAUAGAGGCGGCGAAGCGAGGACAGGAGAGAUUUUCCAAUCUGUGGAGGAAGUGGGAGAGGAGAAUUAUCGAGGCGUACGAAGGGGGAGGUUCCGUGGGUGGGGAACUGAGUAACGCUGUAACUGCGCCAACCAUGUCUGUCACGCAUACCACGGUUAGCGAGGCUACCUUGCCCUUUAACCUGACAAGCUACAUGGAAUUCUUUAAAAGUUUGACGAGGAAAAAAAAAAAGUUCAGCUCCAUAUACUCCAUGUGGGUGGAGUACCUGGUAGCGCACCGGGUCAACUUUGAGGAGCUGUGCAUCGAAAGGGGCAUUAAUUGGAAGGCCUUAAACGAGAAGUGCAGUGCGAAGGUGUCGAGCCCGCGGGAGAUAAAGCUGCAUCUGUUCAAGAAGAUGAAUAAUGAAACCCUUCCUUUUUAUGUGUUCAGGGAGGAGUACCAGGGUUCGUUGAGGGAGAGUCGCGACGAAUUGAGGAAGACGAAAAGGAUGAAGAAGAUGGAGAGGGUAGCCGAAUUGGACCAUCUGGACGGGGUGAAGAAUCUGUACGAGGGGGAUCAUCUGGGUGGGAUGGAAAAUUUCUACGAGGAGGACCAUCUGUACGGGGUGAAGAAUUUGUAUCAGGAGGAUCACCUGUACGGGGUGAAGAAUCUGUAUGAGGAGGAUCACCCGUAUGGGGUGAAGAAUCUGUAUGAGGAGGAUCACCCGUAUGGGGUGAAGAAUCUGUAUGAGGGUGACCACCUAUACGGGGAAGUCGGAGGAGACAAUGGAGCCCCGACGGACAAUCCCGAAGACGCCAAUUUCCAAUAUUUGCUGAGGGACCACCACACGUACAACCAGACGGAAGAGUGGAAAACCCGUGAAGAACAACUCCAGAAGGAAGCCAUAUUGAAGCCAUUUAGAGUAAGGAAGCGUAGAAUCCAUAACACCAUUUUUUUUGAUGAAAAUAUAUUUGAUAGUUAUUUGGAGGGAAAGAGGAGUUGCGUUGUGAAGUGCGCGCCGAAUGUGUUUCUUGCCGACUGCUUCUACUACCACAGCGUUGAGCAGAGCUUAGGGGAUUUCAUGGAGGGGGGGGGAGACUUAGACGGUGUGAACGAGAAGGAGGUAGUAGGGUGUGUGGACAAGAAGGAGGUAGUAGGGUGUGUGGACAAGAAGGAGGGAGUUGGUUGUGUGAACGAGGAGGGAGUUGGUUGUGUGAACGAGAAGGAGGAAAACGUCAGAGGAAACCAAUUGGCGAAGGCUGCUACCCCGAAGAUGAACAAAAUAACCUUCCGCGUGCGAGCGGUGCAUGAGGAAAGGCGGCCCCAGAGAGUCGUCUGCAAAGGGUUCGAGGAGAGCCCCGAGGGGGAAGACGAAACAGAUGUGUCGUGGGGUGCGCAUCGUGACGGUGGAGAAGUUCAUGAAAGGAGCCUGGUGGAUGGGGAGACUACGUGCAAAAGAAAUGAGAGUCCGUUGGAGGAAUCUGAUGGUUCUUCCCCACUACAUAGAAUAUGUCAGGUAGCCAACAAUCUUACGGGACAUCCCCAAGGGAGAAAAAAAAAAAAAAAAAAAAAAAAGAGGUUGCAGGAUGGAUCACACAGAGCAGUGAUGAAGAAUCAACUGGGGAGAAAAUCCUUGGUGAUGAAUCUAAAAAUGAAAUAUUGCCCACUGGAAGAUACUUCCUUCUUCCAAAUAAACGAAGAACAUGUUUACAGACACCACGUGGACGUUGCCUUUUCUUUUAUACUGCGUUCGAAACGGAAGUUGAACGUAGCCAUAAAAGUAGAGAGAAGGAAUGUUUCCUUGUUUGAAGAGGAUUGCUUGGAAUUUAUAAGCAUCCAAAUUCUGAAUAAAUGUAAACGGACUAGUCACAUGAAAUUCUACUUGUGUAAUCGGAUGGCCGGGACGAGUCGCUCUCUGGUUCAACUGUUAAAUGCUUAUUUCGCGAAGCUGAAUUUGCCUGCGGGAAUGGACGAGGCUGCGAGUGAACUAUCGCGUAUCCUCCCCAGGGUUCGACUCUACAUACGGGAUGUAGACGUGCUGAUGAGACUGGAAAAGGACCAUGCAACACACAUGACCACCAUAGCUAUUUUGAAGAGAAGGGUUUUGUGA